CUCGUGUCGAACGCACCGGGAGAAUGCGAAAGUUUUAUGAAUAAUGUCUUUAAAUUUUUCUACUGUUUUAACUGCUGUUUUCUUAACGUUGUUAUCUUGUAUCGUGUUUGGUUUUAAAACAACGCUGUUUUUAUAUAUUUUGACUGUUUUAUGCGUGUUUUUAUUGGUCGAGGGUAGAGAAUGGACCGGUCUUCUUCCGGUAAGACUUUCAGAGCACCUGGCACCGGUCGCUGACCAUAUCAGAGAAACCACAGGAUAUAUCGGCACUGUUCUUCACAAACCUUUAUUCAGAAACCAAACUCCAAACAUGUUUGAGAGUUGGAACCCUUUGCAAUGGUUGUGGAAGGGAAAAGACGGCCAAACAUCAGGAUCGCGACCAGUGAUGAGAUCCAAGUUUGCCAGGAGAACCAAAAAAUCUAAAUUUGGACAGAGUAAGCAAAAAGAGAGAUCUAACGCACUGAAUUCACCAGCUCCCAUAUCUGUGUCAAGUCCAAAGUCACCAAAGAGGGGCCUUAGUGGAAAUGUAUCAACUGGAGAUUUAAAUACAAGUGUGUCAGUGUUGAAUGCAUCUGGUCCACUGCUGUCCACCCCAUUAAUGCCCAUGAUAAAAAGAGCUGUAGCGAACACUUCUGGACACAAUGACACUUUCAGCCCGGAUGUCAAUUCCCCACUUGCUAGUGGCACUCGAAGCCGACCAGUCAGACGAGCCAACACGUUCCACUUCACUCCAACACAUCCUGUAGAUUCAUCACCUGGAGUCUUGCCAUGGGUACGCUUCGGCAGGAGAGAUCGACAUUCCCUAUACAAGGCCGACAUCAAUUCCUUCAAACAUCAAAACACUGUACGGGUAGCUCCACCUGAUCCACAUAGAGUUCUCUCCCCAAGUUUAAUGCCAUUGAAAGAGAGAACCGACAACACACCAAAGCCAGUGGACACGCAAGCUGUCGUCAAUGCUCUCAGGGAAAGAAGGAAAAGAUCACUUGUUGUUGCCGUAGAAGAAGACACACUUUUUGAAGAAUCAGGUCAACAUGCCAAGAGAAGGCGGCAGGAAAGUAGCCAGUCCACAGCUUCCUCAGCUUCCCUGCCCCCAAUGCCAGAUAACCUGCCGGACCUGUCAGACAAGAGCGUGAUGAUGCAGCUGGAUGAGGUCAGUCUAAAGCGUCCAUCUGCUCCCAGUAGGGAGGCCAUGGAGGAGGCAGAAGAGGAUGUCAGUGUUUCCAAGCGACAGAAGAACACACGCAACAACCCUAUCACCAGCUCACUUAGCUCCAGCAGGAAGAUUCUGAUCAGAGAGAGAAUAGAAGCCAGGAGUAAGACUCCUCUGUCUCAUCAAGAUGCAGAACUUCCACAAAGCAAGAGGCGAGCUACUGACCAGUCCCUGGCCCCAACAACAGAUGUCCCUCAGACAGAGGAUGGUGAUUCUAUCAUGACUCCAGACUGUGAAGAAAAUAGGCUUGAUGCAGCCACAACCGAAUUUGUCAGUCAAGAUAAGUCAUCCACACCAUCCAGUAAGACAUCAACACCCAACAGGAGAUUGCAGCAGGAUGGUAUACACAAGCCAACAAGACGGAGGAACCUGUCCUUGUAUCCAGGCUUGAAUUCUUCAUUUGCUGGGGUGCCAGUGGCGCGAGUGUCAGCUACAGCAGACGACUACGAGGCAGACCGGGAGGCUGAGCGGCAGCGAGUGCAGGACAUGCUGGAGGAGGCUGAGGAGUCCAUCAAAAAGAAGAGCAGGCCAGGUACUGAUGUGGUGGCCUCUGCUGCCGCUCCUGCAAGUUCCAGCCAAACAGCAGCCACAACCAGCACCACCUCGUCUCAGCAGGCAGGCAUCAGCACAUCUUCAUCUCUCCUAUCUGUGCCCAUUAAUACAAAGACAUUGACGUCCGUCAGCCAGACACCAACCUUAUCGUCAAUCUCCUCCACCAACCCUCUGUUGAACACCAUGCCAACCUCCGCCACCAAUCCUCUCUUAAACAGCACCACCAAUCCUCUCUUAAACAGCAAGCCAGCUGCAAGUACAAAUCCUUUGUUGAACACCAAACCGGCCGCCAUUACCACAGCUUCUCAACUAGACCUAACCUUCAAGCCUAUCUUCGGUGCAGUGGCCACAGGAUCAUCUGCAAGCACCUCAACAACAGCAUCAGUGACAACCCCAGUGUCAUCUACGACUGUUUCAGGCUUCAACCCCAUCUUUCCACCAGCUGUGUCUACAGGGACAUCAACAACAACAACAAACCUUGUUGUUCCAACUCCAUCAACUAAAACAGAUACUGGCAGUACCGGUCUAUCAGCAGCGCAGGCACUGUUUAACACAUUUAAUUCACCUGCCAAUCCCCCACCCCCAUACCCAGGCACAACUCAAGUUGGAAAUGCCCCUGUCAACUUCUCCAGUGCUCCAGCUAAACCAAGCUCUCAAGUGAUCGGCAUCUUACCACUGACUACCAGUACACCCAAGCCUGCAGUUCAGCAAGGCUUCUCGUUAUCGGGACCUACUGCUCUACAGUUUGGGCAGACUUCAGUUCCUUCAGCAACUAGUACAGCAUCUUCAAACCAAGCAGGAUCUACUGGGCCUCCAGCCCCUACUUUUUCUUUUGGCCAACAACCAGCAGCAACUACCACGAAUGUUAAAUUUGGAGGAAGUGGUUCUGUACCUGCGACUACAAAAGGCAUCACAGCAGGACAGUCAACUGGACUUUCGACUCCAGCUAAAAACCUGUUUGGAGCAGCUACCACAGCAUCAUCCACUGCAUCAACUAUGCUGGGGUUUGGGCAGAAUGUCACAGGGUCUGCAGCUGCUAAUCAGUUUGGACAGAAUACAGCUGUGUCCACUGCUUCUAGUGGGUUUCAGUUUGGACAGAGUAGCAGCUCAACUGCUCAGUCUUCUGGGUUUCAGUUGGGUUCAGCGUCAACAACUCAAGCAAAGACUUCCUCAGGGCCAGGGUUGUUCUCGUUUGGUGCAACUCCUGCAGCUGGGGCAGCAGCUUCCUUUGGCAACACCAGCAACACUGCACUUGGGGUGAGUAGCACAGCAGCUCCAGUGUUUGGAAAGGGGAGCACUUCCACAACAGCCUUUGGAACAGGAACAAGUGCUACAUCAGUGUUUGGUAAGGGGACAAGUGCAACAUCUGCCUUUGGUUCAGGAACAAAUGCAGCAUCACCCUUUGGAACAGGAACAGGUGCUACAUCAGCCUGGUUCAGGAACUAAUGCAUCAUCCUUUGGAACAGGAACAAGUGCACCAUCUACCUUUGGGGCAGGAGCAAGUGCAACAUCAGCCUUUGGUGUAGGAACAAGUGGUACAGCCUUUGGUUCUGGAAACAGUUCGGCACAAGGUUUUGGCACAGGACCAGCUCCAGGAUUUGGGUCUGCAACAGGAACAGCUACGUCUGCAUUUGGAACAAGCUCAGGUACGACAGCAUUUGGCAGCACUGGACAAGCUGCUCCAGCAUUCGGGAGCAGGUGCAAGCACUACAAAACAGAACAAUACAGGGUCAAGUACGUUCACAUUUGGUAACACUUCCACUCCUUCACAACCAGCCUUCGGUUCCAGUCAGGCUGCCUCUACAUCUUCAGUGUUUGGGGCACCUUCUGGCAGUCAGGACCAGAAACAGACAAGUGUGUUUGGUGCACCCACCACCCAAGCAGGGUUCAAUUUUGGAUCAACACCUAGUGCGUUUUCUUCAGGUUCACAGCCUGGGUUUGGACAGUCAUCGUCUGGGUUUGGAAGCACGAGUACACCCAGUAAAAGUAACACUCCAGGUACAUUUCAGUUUGGUCAAACAAGUCAGCCAAGUACAGGGGAAAACAAGGGAUUCAACUUCAAUGCAUCCUUCACAGGUUCUCCACAAGUAAACUUUGGAACCCCGAACACUCCCAACACUUCCUUCGGUACUCCAUCCAACAUGUUCAGUGCAACUGGGGUGCCACCCAAGCCACGGGUCACCGCACGAGGACGAAGGAGGGGUGCCAGGAGAUGAGUCCCACCCAGAAGCCAACUCAACAAAUGCUAGGGACAGGACCAUGGGUCUCCACCGCACUACAUUUCUAGCUGACUCAGCGGUGAUGACACCUCUUCUUGUUCUCCAGUGCUGACAUUAGAUGGAGAAUUUAAGAAAUUAUUUUAUCAAGAGAGAAUAUCUCCAAUGGGACUGUCACUUGAAGAUGCUGACAAUGUGGAAAUGUUAGCAGGAUUGAGUUUUAAGUGAAGCCACCUAACGAGACAGCUUGUAAGUUGUAUCCAAACCCUCAGAAAAGAGGUAUUCUCUGCCUUCUUCCUGAGGAGGUGGUGGGGUACUACAGUGGUUAAAACAUUUGCCCGUCAAGCUGAAGACCCAGGUUCCAUUCCCCGCAUGGG